GCGCAGCUUUGCUGCUCUCAUUCUUCCUCAGAGGGCUGAAUCAACAACAUCAUUGCCCGCGGAUUUCUUCAGAAAGAAGAAACCUUCCAUGUCUGGCAUCUCCGGAUCUAAACAUGUUCAGGGAGGUUUUAGUUCUUCUAUUGGGUGUCCGCAUGUCUGCCUCUUUGGAAGAUCAGAACAUCUCCGCUGUGAUUGGAGGAGACGUCACUCUGCCUUGCAGGGCUGAGGGGUACAUGCCCUUUAAAGUGGUGGAGUGGAGCCGACCUGGAGAACACCUAGAAUAUGUUCUCAUCCUAAGAAACAAAAACUUAGACCCAAAAAUCCCCAAACCGGGCUACAAGGGUCGAGUGGAGCUGAAGGACCUACAGAACGGAGACGUUUCUCUGGUUCUGAAGAACGUGACGUCUGAAGACAGCGGAACAUAUGAGUGUUAUGUUCUAAAAAAAAACGUCCGCAGGAAGAGAGCCAUUAAACCAAUCAGCACCAUCACCCUGAAUGUUCUUCCUCUGGGAUCCGAUCAUGAAAGCCAAGAUGAUGGAGAGAUUAAAGAUGGUUCUGAUGGUCUUUCAGGUGGAGCGCUCGCUGGACUGAUUGCUGGGCUGCUGGUGACUGCUGUUCUGAUUGGGUCUGCUCUCAUUGUCAUUUUCAAGAAAAGAGCUUCUCGUUUUUAUGAUGGAGUUGAAAACCCUCAGCAGGUCUCACCAACAGUUGUAGAUAACAGGAGCCCAUUUAAUGAAUCUUCUCUGCAUCAAUCUCAUGGUAAACCAGCCUUUAGCCAGACAGCAGAACAUGCUGUGCUAUUGCCGGUCCCAAGCCCGGAUAAAUGGUGAGGGUUUAGUCACGAAGUAACAGAAUACAAAUUACAGUUAUGUAAAAAAAAAAAAAGAAAAAGGAAAAGAUCUGGUUCAAUUGUGUGAAUUUGUUCAUUCUGCUUUUAUGUUGUUAAAUCACUUCCAGACUAAAACCCUCCCAUGAGGAUGCAGACGUUACAAAAAAACAAACAAAACAAAAAAUGAAAAAAAAAAACCUUAAAAAAGUAAAAU